AUUCUUUUUCUUACGUCUUUGCUGUAAUAUUAAGGCUAUGUAUUUUACAACAAAGUGAAACGUUAGAAAGAUAUCAAGCUCUGCCAAUCAAAACUUAUCAGAGCUAUUCAGAUUUUAUUUAUCAUUUUGGAGCAAUGAUAGAGACUAAGGCUUACGAGAGCUAAAACAAUAGCAAGAUGAGUAGUAAAUAUUACAGACAACGUAUGACACCAAAACAUCACAUUGCUCAGCAAUUGUUGUUCUCGGUGUUUACAGCAAACGAUAUAAGAAAUUUAAGUGUGACAAAAAUCUGGACACCACUGUGUUUCAAUAUUCUAGGACAUCCUUUGAAGGGUGGAUUGUACGAUCCAUCUUUAGGUCCAAUAAGAAACAGCUUGGAACUAUGCGUCACAUGUGGAUGCGUUGGUCAGAAAUGUCCAGGUCACUUUGGACAUAUAGAACUGCCAGUACCGGUUGUCAAUCCGCUGUUUCACAAAGGAUUGGCCACGCUGAUCAAACUGGCAUGCUUGAACUGUUUCACCUUUCAAAUACCAUCAUAUGUUAAACUGUUACUAUCCGCCAAAUUAAAAUUGCUUUUCGAAGGGCACCUCAAUGAUGUUGACAGCCUGGAUCAUGAGGUGUCACCCUUAGUAUCAAAUCAGGAAUUCCAGAAGUUAGAAGACCAAUCUGAAUACAUAUGCGAAGUAAUUAAUAUUUUCAUGCAGAACUUUUACAACAGAUGCAGACAGAAUACAUCUCAAGAUUGUGACAAUCAUACCAAUGUAAAAAACAUCCUUGCAACGUGGCACGAGUACGUCGAGAAUAUUCUAAAGAAAUACGUCAGGAACAAUCGUGCCGGAGUAUGCAUGAAUUGUCAACAAGCUUUGCCGAAACUUUUGGUGUUACAGAAUAAAAUAAUGAUAACAAAUAAGGAAGUGCCUAACAAGGAAGUAAUAUCCAACGAAGUGGUGCAUAAAUUGGAGACAGUGAUGAUCAUGCCAGAUCAGUCUAAGGAAUAUCUACGGAAAAUUUGGGAAAACGAAAAAGACUUUCUAAAGAUUAUUAUGCCCUGCCUGGAAUCGGUGGAAAUCGAAUAUCCUACCGAUAUAUUAUUUUUCGAGGUGAUACCGGUGCCACCACCGAUAGCGCGACCGGUAAACGUUGUCAAGAAUCAAUUGCUCGAGCAUCCCCAGACAAUGAUCUACAAGACUAUCAUACAGGACUGUCUCGUAUUGAGGAACAUUGUACAAACAAUUCAGGACGGUAACACGGAUAAUUUGCCCGAAGAAGGCCGGCUCGUUUUCGAACAGAUAAGAGGUACUACGGCAGUAGAGAAGCUGCACAACGCCUGGCAGGCGUUGCAGAUCAACGUGAAUCAUCUGAUGGAUCGCGACAUGAACAAGACCCCGGAAUCGAUAAACUGUCUGGGUCUGAAACAGAUUCUCGAGAAGAAGGAAGGCAUCAUUCGCAUGCACAUGAUGGGUAAGAGAGUGAACUUCGCCGCGCGUUCAGUCAUCACCCCGGAUCCGGAUUUGAACAUCGACGAGAUCGGCGUCCCUGAGGCUUUCGCUCUCAAACUAACGUACCCUAUGCCCGUGACGCCUUGGAACGUCGUCGAACUGAGAGAGUAUGUUAUGAACGGACCCAACGUUCAUCCCGGCGCGGUCAUGGUGGAGAACGAGGACGGAUCGGUACAGGCGAUCAACAAAAUCAAUCGCUACGCUAUUGCGAAGCGUCUUCUGACGGCGUUCAGGACCAACGACACCUUUGUCGGCAUUAAGAUACUGCAUCGGCAUCUUCAGAACGGCGACAUGUUGCUGCUUAAUCGACAACCGACUUUGCACAAACCUAGCAUCAUGGCUCACAAAGCGCGCGUUCUCAAGGGCGAGAAGACCUUUCAUCUGCAUUACGCCAACUGUAAAGCGUACAACGCGGAUUUUGACGGCGACGAGAUGAACGCGCACUUUCCGCAGAAUGAAGUGGCCAGAAGCGAAGGUUGCAACAUAGCUGCUGUGCAUAAUCAGUAUCUCGUACCGAAAGACGGAACUCCGUUGAGUGGCUUAAUACAGGAUUACAUGGUGUCCGGAGUGCGUCUGACAACUCGGGGUAAAUUUUUCCCCAGAAAAAUAUACAUGCAAUUGGUUUACCCCGCUCUGUCAUCAUUGGAAAAAAAAAUAAUUCUCUUGCCUCCGGCUGUUAUCAAGCCGAUACCGAUGUGGUCGGGAAAGCAGAUUCUCUCGACCAUCAUUAUCAAUAUUAUUCCCGCGAAUAAAGCGCGAAUCAACCUAACAUCCAACACAAAGAUCAACGCGAGGGAGUGGCAAAUGCAGCCGCCACGAAUCUGGAAAUGCGGAGAGGAAUUCAAAAAUCCUCUGACCAUGUCGGAAGCUGAAGUUAUAAUUCGACAUGGCGAAUUGUUGUGCGGAGUGCUCGAUAAGACUCAUUACGGAGCGACUCCUUAUGGUCUUAUUCACUGUAUUUACGAGUUAUACGGGGGAAAGUACGCGAACAAAAUGUUGAGCGCGUUCGGCAAACUGUUCCAAACGUACUUGCAGUACGAAGGAUUCACUCUCGGUGUCGAGGACAUUUUGAUAACGCGCGUGAUCGACAAGAAACGCAAGAAGAUCGUCGCCAAAUGCAGACAAAUUGGCGAAAAUAUACAAAAAUCGGUAACGAACAUGCCGGAUGACGCGUCUAUGGACGAAGUGAAAGCCAAAAUGGAAGAAUCUUAUUACAGCAAUCCAAAGUUCCGCGCGCAGGUCGAUAACAAGUACAAGAGCGCGCUGGACGUUUAUACGAACGACAUUAACAAGAUGUGUCUGUCAGCGGGACUUUUCAAGAAGUUUCCGGACAACAACUUGCAACUUAUGGUGCAAUCCGGCGCGAAAGGAUCAACCGUAAACACUAUGCAGAUAUCGUGUCUGCUCGGGCAGAGCGAAUUGGAAGGCAAAAGACCUCCGUUAAUGAUAAGCGGUAAGAGUUUAUCGAGUUUCCCGGCUUACGAUCCGACACCCAGAGCGGGCGGAUUCAUCGACGGCAGAUUUAUGACUGGCAUUAAGCCGCAGGAGUGUUUCUUCCAUUGCAUGGCGGGACGGGAAGGUUUGAUCGAUACCGCUGUGAAAACCAGUAGAUCCGGUUACUUGCAACGAUGUCUUGUGAAGCAUUUAGAAGGUUUGGUUAUCAAUUACGACGCGACGGUCAGAGAUUCGGACAACAGUUUGAUACAAUUCUAUUACGGAGAAGACGGCUUGGACAUACCCGGCUCGCGUUUCUUGCGAAAGGAACAACUGCCGUUUUUGGUCGACAACAAGGACGCUAUUCUGGACACGGAGUUACUGAAACAGCUGAAACCCACCAAGAAAGAAGUAACGAGAAUAAUCAAAAAGAUCAAGAAAUGGGAGAACAAAAACGGAUCCACUUUACGGAAGAAGAGAAUAAGCGAGUUCAGUAAGUUCUCGGAAGAAAAUAUCAAUCAGUACAGCAAUGGGAAAAGAAAAACCAUCGAUCAGAACAAUGGUAGAAGCAAGGCCUCGAUAUCGCUUAUGAAGAAGUGGAUAAAAGCGAGUGAGGAAGUGAAAGCGACGUUUCGCGCGCUGUGCGAACGAUGUCCCGAACCGGUGACUUCGAAGUACAGAGAGGACUUGGAAUUUGGCGCUCUACCGGAAAGUAUAGAACGUUUGAUGGACGAAUACCUUUCUCAUUCGUCGCAGGUAAAGAAAUCGGAUCUUAGAGAUCUGUUGUCCGUGAAAUUUAUGAACACCUUCUGUCCUCCCGGUGAACCGGUCGGAUUAUUGGCGGCGCAAUCUAUAGGCGAGCCGUCUACGCAGCUAACGCUCAACACCUUUCACUUCGCUGGACGCGGUGAGAUGAACGUGACCCUGGGUAUUCCUAGAUUACGUGAGAUUCUGAUGAUGGCGUCAAGAAAUAUAAAGACUCCGAGUAUGGAAAUACCCUUCAAAAACGGACUGCAAAAUUUGGAGAAACAGGCGAAGAAGCUGAGAUCGAAGUUGACGAGGUGCGUUCUGAGCGACGUACUGAAGGACAUUACGAUCAAUAGGAUAAUGAAGGAUAAUAAAUCUCAAAGACAACUAGUGUUCACCUUAACAAUCGAGUAUCUUCCUCACAAGUACUACAAGAGAGAGUUCUCCGUUCAUCCGCAAGAUGUGAUCAAACGCACCGAGGAGAUCUUCUUCAGAAACAUGUUCAAGGAAAUCGCCAAAAUCGCCAAAAUGACCAAGGUCUACUUGCACUUCGAGGAACAUAAAAAACGAGCGAAGGAGGACGAGGACGCGGCUUUAGACGAAAUCGAUGAAGACGGCGAGACGUUACCGACAACAAACAAAACGCGAAUGGAUUUGGGGGAGAUGCAUGAGUCAUCCGACGAGGAGGACGUUGCGGAAGAUGCUGACGCGACAAUGGUUAAAUCGAGGUCGCGUCAUCAGGAGAAUCAGGAGUACGAAGAUCCGGAAGAGGAAGAAGAGGAAAUACAAAAUGAAGCAAAUGAUGAGGAAGAGAAUGAUGAUAAUAAUAAUAAUAAUAAAAACAAUAAAACCUCAGAAGAAGACCGAGACGACAGCGAUGAUGAAAAUAAUAUCGCGACGCCCACGAAAAACAAAAAGUCCGACAACAGAAAAAGUAGCGUUUUAGAUAUGUACGACCAUGCCAUUGAUUACGAGUACGACGAAAACAAAUUUUCAUGGUGCAAGCUCACAUUUUGGUUACCGCUCAAAAUGAUCAAAUUAGACUUGCCAACGAUAAUUCGAAACGCUGCCAACAAAACUGUCUUGUGGGAGACCCCGUGCAUCAAGAAAGGCUUCACUUUUCAAAACAAUAAGGGUGAAACAAUUAUCAAAACGGACGGUUUGAACAUAGCGGAAAUGUUCAAGUACGAUAAGACGCUAGACUUGAACAGAUUGUAUUCAAACGACGUAUACAAUAUUUCCCAAACGUACGGCAUUGAAGCCGCGUACAGAGUUAUAAUAAACGAAGUUCGGAACGUUUUCAAAAUGUACGGCAUCACCGUUGACUACAGACAUCUUUCUUUAAUCGCGGAUUAUAUGACAUACGACGGCACGUACAAACCGCUCAGUCGAAAGGGAAUGGAGAGUUCGGCCUCGCCGUUGCAGCAAAUAAGCUUCGAAAGCUCCUUGACUUUCUUGAAAAGCGCCACUUUACAGGGAAAAAAAGACGACAUAUCGUCACCUUCGAGCAGACUGAUGCUGGGACAACCUUGCAAAUCCGGAACUGGAGCAUUUUCUGUAAUGCCGUUGAUAGAUAUAACACUCAGAUACAACAAGAUAUAACAGCACGUCCAACUUCCACAACUUUAUUAAUCAUUAAGGCAUAUUUGUAUAUUUUAUGUAAUUGUUAUACAUGUAUUUUUAUAAUUUGAGUAUAUAUUUUGGCGCAACAGAAUUUUCUGAGCUUAAGAAAAAAAAAAUCAAAUUUGUGUCGUGUCGAGUUUUUUUUUUUU